UAGAGAGAGCAAGCAGGCAGGCAGCAGUGUGUGUGAGACAGACAGACAGCAUGGUUAGAGCUUGCAGGGUGGACCAGCCACGGCUCUCCAUGUAGCCCAGUGCAGCGCAGGCUAGAGGGGAGGAGUCCGAGGAGCCACCAGGACCUACUCAUCUCACUCACUUACAGCCAGGAGCUCUCACGCCACUGGGACUACUGGCUUUUUCUUUAGGGAUAGACUUCAGAGAAACAACUUAAAAAGAUAAAAACAUUCCAUAACAAUUUUGUCUGGCUGGCUUUGUUGUUACGUGUUUACUUUUCUUGGAGCCUUUUUUGUGUUUUGGGAGGCACCUGGGGAAUUGUUAUUGUUUUGACUGGGACUGGGCUGGGUGGGCGCUCCAAGGGACCGCAUGCAUGACACAACGCAAAGGCGAGAAGACCACCAUCAGCAUCCAGGAGCACAUGGCCAUUGACGUGUGCCCUGGCCCCAUCCAGCCCAUCAAGCAGAUCUCUGACUACUUCCCCCGCUACCCGCGGGGUCUCCCCCCCACAGUGCCCCCCGCCCUCAUCCGGGCCAGCUCGCUGCGCUCCUCUUCGGCCAGCCACAACUCUGGGGAUGACCCGGCCCGCUCCCACACCAACGACGACCCGGGCUGGGCCUUUGGCGGUGCCGCCGCCGCCCUGUCACCCGCAGCAACCGGCAAGAAGGAGGAGGAGCCGGACAUGGAGGGCUAUGACUCUGACGACUCAACUACGUUGGGGACCCUGGACUUCAGUUUACUGUAUGACCAGGAGAACAACGCUUUGCACUGUACCAUCAACAAAGCCAAGGGGCUCAAACCCAUGGACCACAACGGGCUCUCGGAUCCGUAUGUCAAACUGCACCUACUGCCUGGGGCCAGUAAG